GCCUCCGCCCGCAUCUGACCCCGGCUCUCGCCUCCGCCAACGGCCGAAACCCUAGUCACGCCGCCGCCGCCGCCCACUAGAUCCAGGGUUUGUUCAUCCCCCGAUCCGUCGGCUAAGUUACUGUCGCUCUUGCCGCUUCCCGCCCAAAUCUGGCCCAUCCACCCGCCCGCCCUUGCUUUCUCUUCAGAUUCGGCGCGCCGCAGCGUGUGACUCUCGUUUUUUUAAUGGAUGACCAUCCAGCACCAGAAUAGUACAUCUUUGAAAGCUGUCCACUAGAGUCAUGGAAUCCGCUCCUGGUCAUACCCCUCUUAUACAUGGUCUUCCUGAUGAGAUUGCUCUCAUUUGCUUAGCAAGGGUUCCUCGGCGGUUUCAUAAUGUUCUCAGGUGUGUGUCAAAGAGAUGGAGAGAACUGCUAUGCAGUGAAGAAUGGCACAUUUGCCGCAAUAGGAACAACUUGGACGAGUCGUGGAUCUAUGUAAUAUGUAGAGAAACAGGCAUCAAAUGCUAUGUAUUGGCUCCGGAUCCUUCAAGUCGGUCCUUGAGAGUCAUGCAUAUCAUUGAACCCCCGUGCUCAGGGAGGCAAGGUGUUACCAUUGAAGCCUUAGACAAGAUGCUAUUUUUUCUGGGUGGUUGUAGUUGGCUAAAUGAUGCUACGGAUGAAGUUUACUGUUAUGAUGCAUCCUCGAAUCACUGGAGCGCAGCAGCUCCGAUGCCUACACCUAGGUGCUAUUUUGUGUCUGCGUCUCUCAAUGAGAAGCUAUACAUAACCGGUGGACUUGGUUUGACAGACAAGUCACCAAAUUCCUGGGACAUCUAUGACUCGGCUAGCGAUUCCUGGUGCGCACACAAGAACCCAAUGCUGACCCCGGACAUAGUGAAGUUUGUUGCAUUGGAUGAGGAGCUGGUGACCAUUCACCAGGCAGCCUGGAACAGAAUGUACUUUGCUGGCAUAUAUGAUCCGCUGGACCGCACCUGGAGGGGCACGGAAAACGAGAUUGCGCGCUGUUUCUCCAGCCCAACAGUUGUCGUGGAUGGGACACUGUACAUGCUAGAGCAGAAGCUUGGCACGACGCUGAUGAUGUGGCAGAAGGACACCAAGGAGUGGGUCAUGCUUGGCAGGCUCUCAGACAAGGUUACAAGGCCCCCAUGCCAGCUUGUGGCCAUCGGCAGGAAGAUUUAUGUGAUUGGAAGAGGGUUGAGUGUAGUAACAGUCGAUAUGGAUACGGCUGCCAGAGUUGAUGGGUUCUUGGUUACCACUUCCACUGGUCCAUUGGUGGAGCAAGAUUUGUCUCCCGAGGGAUCCAGGGUUAUCACCAUCUGAAGGUUGAUAUGACUGACACUGAUUGCCAUCCUUGUUGCCCAUAUUUUUGGGUUAUUGGGAUUAUUCAUGCACAUAUACUGUGAAUUCAAUAAGGGGUUGUUUGGUUCCAGGGGCUAAACUUUAGACUAUGUCUCAUUCAAGAGAAUCUUGAUAUUUAUUAAUAUUAAAUAAAAUCUGAUUACAAAACUAACUGCAGAACCUUGGGGCUAAAUUGCGAGGCGAAUCUAGCAAGGUAUAUUAAUGUGUAAUUAGCAGAUGGUUACUGUAGCAUCAUUGUAGCAAAUCAUGGAUUAAUUAGGCAAAUUAGAUUCGUCUCGCAAAUUAGCACUUAUCUGUCAAAAAAGUUUUAUAAAUAAAUUUUAUUUAAUAUCCCUAAAUGAUAAGAUUCUCUUCGAUGUGACUGGGACUAAAAAGAAGUCUCUGAAAACAAACAGGGCCUAAGGCUUCACACCAUGCGGUCAGUAACUAGUUGGAUUUGUUUGGGCUCUUUUGUAGUUUGUUAUGUUUCGACCGACUGUAAGAAAAGAAGGAUAAGAAUAAGAUAUGUGGCUGUGCAUGCUGUAAUACUUGUUUAUAGAUGACACAUGAUUGAUACCUGUUUAUAGCCGAAGAGUGUGAUGCUUGUUAUGAUAAAAUAAAAAACAUUCAUUCUA